CAGGUUAACUCGCAACUUGUUCUAUCCCGGUUGGUAAGACAAUCAGCAAGGAGCUUGUAACAACAUGGCCGGCGUAAAAUUGAUUCUCUGCCUAGCCAUAGUUGCUAUGGUGACGGUCGUCCACGCCAAGAAGAACUACUACGACGAGGAUUCCAGCUACGUGGAGAAGAGCUACGGGCGCAGGGAGUACCCUCGGUACCAGGAGAAGACGUACGGCUACAAGAACAAGGACCGGUACGAAGAGAGAAGCUACGGCUACAAGCGUAAAGAUUACCCAACCUACCAGGAGAAAAGUUACGGUCGUAAGGAGUACGAAGAUAAGAAGUACUACAAAAACGACAAGUACAACAGUUACAAACCAAAAAGUUACGGUUACGAGGAGAAGAAUUACGGCUACCAGGAGAAAAGUUACCGUUACAAGGCCGAUGAUUACAAAAAAGAAGGUUACAGGGCCGAUGAUUACAAAAAAGAAAGUUACAAGGCCGAUAACUACGCUUACAAGCCUGAGAAAGAAGAGUACAAGCCCAAAGCGGAAUAUGCUUACAAAUCAAGAGACGACUACAAGAAGGAAAGUUACGGUUACAAAGCCCCCAUGGAAAGUUACAAAGCCCCCGUUGAAAGUUACAAAGCCCCCGUUGAAAGUUACAAAGCCCCCGUUGAAAGUUACAAAGCCCCCGUGGAAAGUUACAAAGCCCCCGUUGAAAGUUACAAGUCCCCCGUGGAAAGUUACAAGGCCCCCGUGGAAAGUUACAAAGCCCCCGUUGAAAGUUACAAAGCCCCCGUGGAAAGUUACAAGGCCCCCGUGGAAAGUUACAAAGCCCCCGUUGAAAGUUACAAGCCCGGCUACGUAGCCGACAACUACGGUUACAACGCCAUCAAAGACUACUACAAGACGGCAACCAGCGAAUACAAGCCGGAGAGCUACGGGUACAAGACUCUAACUUCUGGCUACAAAACCGUGGACUACGGCACCAAGCCCGCUGACACAUACAGCCCGGGGGUGUACAGCUACAAGCCCAUCACCUACGCCAGCAAGCUGGGGUACGACGCCAAAACUGUCUAG